UGCCGGGAGGUGUGGCGGGCCGCGCGGGGGCUGCCGGGAGGCGCGGCGGGGCGGGCGGGGCCGGUACCGGGGCCGGGCCGGGCCGGGAGCGAUCGCGGCGCGAUGCAGAAGUACGAGAAGCUGGAGAAGAUCGGCGAAGGCACCUACGGGACCGUGUUCAAGGCCAAGAACCGGGAGACGCACGAGAUCGUGGCGCUGAAGCGGGUGCGGCUGGACGACGAUGAUGAGGGCGUGCCCAGCUCGGCGCUGCGGGAGAUCUGCCUGCUCAAGGAGCUCAAGCACAAGAACAUCGUCAGGCUGCACGACGUGCUGCACAGCGACAAGAAGCUGACCCUGGUCUUCGAGUUCUGCGACCAGGACCUGAAGAAAUACUUUGACAGCUGCAAUGGGGAUCUGGACCCCGAGAUCGUCAAGUCCUUCAUGUACCAGCUGCUGAAGGGGCUCGCCUUCUGCCACAGCCGCAACGUGCUGCACCGCGACCUGAAACCGCAGAACCUGCUCAUCAACCGGAACGGGGAGCUCAAGCUGGCGGAUUUCGGGCUGGCUCGGGCCUUCGGCAUCCCCGUGCGCUGCUACUCGGCCGAGGUGGUCACUCUGUGGUACCGGCCCCCUGACGUUCUCUUCGGGGCCAAGCUCUACUCCACCUCCAUUGACAUGUGGUCAGCUGGGUGCAUCUUUGCGGAGCUGGCCAACGCGGGGCGGCCCCUCUUCCCGGGCAACGACGUGGACGACCAGCUGAAGAGAAUCUUCCGGCUGCUGGGGACCCCCACGGAGGAGCAGUGGCCGGCCAUGGCCAAGCUGCCGGACUACAAGCCCUACCCCAUGUACCCAGCUACCACUUCCCUGGUCAACGUGGUGCCCAAGCUGAACGCGACUGGCCGGGACCUGCUGCAGAACCUGCUCAAGUGCAAUCCGGUGCAGCGGAUCUCGGCGGAGGAGGCCCUGCAGCACCCCUACUUCACCGACUUCUGCCCCCCCUAGGGCCCCCCAACUCCCCAGACCCCCCAGCCGGGUGCCAGCCCGUGCCAGCCCCCUGACCGCAGCCCCCCAGUAUUUAUUAGGUUCUGCCCCGGCUGCGGGGGGCUGGCACAACCUCCCGGGGGAGGAUGAGAGGGCUGGGACUCCCCCCGGGGACACAGGACUCACCCUGGGGCAGGGGGCUUCCCCAGGGCAUGGGAGCCCCCAGACACGGGGCCACAGAGCUGGUGGAGGGGCAGGACCCUCCGGGACCAGGCACAGGGACCCAAGGGGGGAAUGAACCCCCCAGUCUCCUCUCCCUCCUUCCCCCGAGCCCCCUGUGCCGGGGGUCCCGGGGUGCCCCGAGCCCCCUGUGCCGGGGGUUUUUGGUGUACCCUGAGCCCCCUGUGCCGGGGGUCCCGGGGUGCCCCGAGCCCCCUGUGCCGGGGGUUUUUGGUGUACCCUGAGCCCCCUGUGCCGGGGGUCCCAGGUGCCCCUGCCAGGGCACUGCUGUUCGUGGGUGAUGUGCGUUUGGAUUCCCAUAAAGAGCUUCUCCCCCAG